AUGAGCGAUGCUAAAGUAGAAGGGCCUACUGGAAGCACAAGAGUUCCUCUGUUUGUUCCUGAGAAUUUGCCAGCUGAUGUGAAAAAAGAGAAUGAAUACGGUACGUUGACAUCAAAGGAACAUCUUCACCAGACGAAAUCGCUUAAUGGUAAACCAAUGGAGCCACCAAUUAUGGAUACACCACCAUACUAUAUUUCUCUUAUAACGUAUCUUAAUUAUUUGAUUGUUAUUAUCUUUGGCCACAUGCACGAUUUUCUGGGUAUGACUUUUCAAAAGGAUAGUCAUCAAGAUGUCAUGGAAAAAGAUGGAUGGGCACCAUGGUAUUCAAAAUUUGAAUCUUUCUUUUCAAGAAGAAUGAAAAAGAAGAUUGAUGAUUGUUUCUCGAGACCUACAACUGGUGUUCCUGGUAGAUUUAUUCGUUGUAUCGACAGAAUUUCUCAUGAGGAGAACAAAUACUUUACCUACCCAGGUACCACCUCUAUGUGCCUAAAUUUGUCUUCAUACAAUUAUUUGGGAUUCGCCCAAAGUGAAGGUCAAUGUACUACUACUGCUUUGCAAAGUGUGGAUAAAUACGGUAUCCAUAGUGGUGGACCACGUACUCAAAUUGGUACCACUGAUUUACAUUUAGAUGCUGAAAGGUUAAUUGCAUCUUUUCUAGGUAAACAGGAUGCAGUAAUCUUUUCCAUGGGGUAUGGUACCAAUGCUAAUUUUUUCAAUGCCUUCUUGGAUUCCAAAUGUCUUGUCAUUUCAGAUGAGUUGAACCAUGCUUCCAUCAGAACUGGUGUUAGACUUUCAGGUGCAGCAGUGAGAACCUUUGCACACAACGAUAUGGUCGGUUUGGAGAAAUUGAUUAGGGAACAAAUUGUUUUGGGCCAACCAAAGACUAACCGCCCGUGGAAGAAAAUUCUAAUCUGUGUCGAAGGACUUUAUUCAAUGGAAGGUACUCUUUGUAGCUUACCAGAAGUGGUGGAAUUGAAGAAAAAAUACAAAUGUUACUUAUUUGUUGAUGAAGCUCAUUCUGUAGGUGCUAUGGGACCAACAGGUCGUGGUGUAUGUGAUUUAUUUGGUGUUGACCCAAAUGACGUUGAUUUCCUAAUGGGAACUUUAACAAAGUCAUUCGGUGCAGCUGGUGGUUACAUUGCAUCAAAUAAAUGGGUUAUCGAUAGACUAAGAUUAGAUUUAACCACUUCCAAUUAUGCAGAACCAACACCUGCACCUGUUCUAGCACAAAUUAUUGCAUCUUUGAAAACCAUAAAAGGUGAACUAGCACCUGGUGAAGGUAAGGAAAGAUUACAAAGAAUUGCGUUCAAUUCACGUUAUCUGCGGUUAGGUCUACAAAGAUUAGGAUUUAUCGUUUACGGGGCUCCUGAUUCUCCUGUUAUCCCAUUAUUAUUAUACUGUCCAACAAAGAUGCCUGCAUUUUCAAGAAUGAUGCUUCAAAGAAAAAUCGCUGUUGUUGUUGUUGCAUAUCCAGCAACACCUCUGAUCGAAUCAAGAGUGCGGUUUUGCGUAUCUUCAUCAUUGACAAAGGACGAUUUGGACUAUUUGUUACGUCAUGUUAGUGAGAUUGGUGAUAUGCUUUUCUUAAAAGCUAGUUCAGGUGCCGCUAGUGUACCACAAGAUGGUAGACCUCCAAGAUGGGAUGUAGAGGACGUCAUUGCUCGUACCGCAGAGGAUUGUAAGAAUGACAAUUUUUUCUUAACUUAG